CAGUGAUUUUUCUGAAGAAACUGGACCAAGCCACAGUCUUUCCCAGGAGAGUAAAGCUUUAGACUAUUUCUUUUUACUUUUUCCAAUGAGCCUAUUUGAAAUCAUUACGGUAGAAACAAACCGUUAUGCUGAAUGUAAGCAAAGCUGAAAAAAAAGAUAGUUUGUGGUUUCCCACAACUUUAAAUGAAAUUAAGGCCUAUUUUGCCAUAAAUAUUAUUAUGGGUAUCAGAAAUUUACCCAGAAUAACAAAUUACUGGAGUAGCGAUAAGCCCUUUGGAGACGAAUAUGUAUCAAGUAUAAUGACGAGGACACGAUUUUUGAAAUUGACUCAGUAUUUGCAUGUAAGAGACACGAGCAGUACACCAGUACGUGGAGAACCAGGCUUUGAUCCCUUAUUUAAAAUAAGACCCCUUAUUGACUGUGUUCAAAACACAAAACUUUAUAAACCGGAGAGAUGUUUAUCAAUUGAUGAGGGUAUGGUGGGCUAUAAAGGCCGAGUACGUUUCCGACAGCAUAUUCCAGGAAAGCCCACAAAAUGGGGGAUCAAAGUUUGGAAGAUUUGUGAAUUGAAUACUGGGUACUGCUCUGGAUUUGAAUUUUAUACUGGCAAAAGAGACACUGAUGAAUCCAGUAAUAUGCACAACUCUUCUAUAGUAAAAUUUUGCUGUAUACCCAAUUGAAUAUUAGCUAAUAACCCAUUUUCUAUAGUGAUGUUUGAACAAAAAUUUUAAUAAUUUUAUAUUUUGUUGAAUUUACCUGUAUCUACCUGUAAUUAGAGUCACUUUGUGACAAAAAUUAU